GGGAACAAAUAAAUCAAUAGCUUUGGCUAAUCCAGGGUGUGUGAAAAACGCCUUCUGUAAAUCCCAGGUUUUCCUGAAUAAAUCCAACAAUAAAGCUUCCUUUAAUCUCACUUUCUUACAUAACCGUGACAUUUAUAUAGAGAGAUUAACGCGGUGUCUCGUUUCUUUCUGGUGUGAUCUUGCUUUCAUCUCACAAAUAUGUCCCCAUCUAUGUUUGUGUAGUUGCCAGCAGCACUGUAAACACUUGGAAAAUUCAGCAUCUCAGUGUGAUUUGGAAAAUAAGCUGGGAGAUGGAUGAUAACUAUUUCUGGCCCGAAGUUAUGUGGCAUGACUUAGGAGAACAGCGAGAGAGCUGUAGAGCGUGGCAAAGGAAAGGAGAGCAAUACCGGAAUCCAGUCCCCACCUGCUGCCCGGGACUCGAGCUGGUGGUUUGUCAUAUCUUAGCAUGACGGUAUUCAAGCCAUGUGAGGUUAGGGGAGAUAUAUAUACCUAGCUGGGGGCUUGGUCUGAGAACAACCACCUACCCUGGGCUAAGCCACACAACUCCACCAUGGAAUUAAGUGUUUUCAAGCUGAUACAAAUUAGCAUCAGUCAACCGGCUGAAGCCUCAGGUACAUUAGACUGGGUCUCAAAGACAUCAGCCUGCAGCCGGACCAGCUGCCAACACCACCAUUUCCUUGCUUUUCCCAGCCAUGGAUGCUUCAGGGCAGAAUAUUUUUAAGAUGCUGAUCAGGGUGCUGACAGAAAGGAUGUUCAAGCAUCUUCGGAAAUGGUUUGGUGCUCACUUUUCUCGGCAUUCUCGGCAGAGAGCAAGGCUGGUCUCCAAAGACGGGAGAUGCAACAUAGAAUUUGGUAAUGUGGACGCACGAUCAAGGUUUAUAUUUUUUGUGGACAUCUGGACCACCGUGCUUGACCUGAAAUGGAGAUACAAAAUGACCGUGUUCAUCUCCGCCUUCUUGGGGAGCUGGUUCCUCUUUGGUCUCCUGUGGUAUGUGGUGGCUUACACUCACAAGGACCUCCCCGAGUUCCAUCCUCCUGACAACCACACCCCCUGUGUGGAGAACAUUAAUGGCAUGACCUCAGCAUUUCUAUUUUCUCUGGAAACUCAAGUGACCAUUGGGUACGGAUUCAGGUGUGUAACAGAACAAUGUGCAACUGCCAUUUUUCUACUAAUAGUCCAGUCUAUUCUCGGAGUUAUCAUCAAUUCUUUCAUGUGCGGUGCCAUCUUAGCCAAAAUCUCCAGACCCAAAAAACGCGCCAAGACCAUUACGUUCAGCAAGAACGCAGUGAUCAGUAAGCGGGGUGGGAAGCUCUGUCUCCUGAUCCGAGUGGCUAAUCUCAGGAAGAGCCUCCUUAUUGGAGGUCACAUAUAUGGGAAACUUCUGAAGACCACAGUCACUCCCGAAGGAGAAACCAUUAUUUUGGACCAGACCAAUCUCAACUUCGUAGUUGAUGCCGGCAAUGAGAAUUUAUUCUUCAUCUCCCCACUGACGAUUUACCACGUCAUUGAUCAUAAUAGUCCUUUCUUCCACAUGGCAGCAGAAACCCUUUCCCAGCAAGACUUUGAGUUGGUGGUAUUUUUGGAUGGCACAGUGGAGUCGACUAGUGCCACCUGCCAGGUCCGCACAUCUUAUGUCCCAGAGGAGGUGCUCUGGGGCUACCGCUUUGUUCCCAUAGUUUCCAAGACCAAGGAAGGGAAAUACCGAGUGGAUUUUCAUAACUUUAGUAAGACAGUGCAGGUGGAAACCCCACACUGUGCCAUGUGUCUUUAUAAUGAGAAGGAUGCUAGAGCCAGCAUAAAGCUAGGCUAUGACAACCCCAACUUUGACAUGUCAGAAGUCAAUGAAACAGAUGACACCGAAAUGUAGCAGUGGCCUUCACCACGAAGCUUUUCCAGGUACCUACUGCCUUCAGCAUUGUGAUGUAAUCAACAAUUUGGAGUUAGGAAUACAAAACAAGAACCUUCAAAAUAAACCAGUACAGUGAUCCCUAAACUGGGCAACUGUGAUCUUACAAGAUACAUGACUCUGCAGGAAUACUGUGUAAGCACUUGUGUGAUGCGUUCAUAUGAAACUGCAUGUGAAAGCCCCCGGAGUCCACUUGGAAUUUUGAAUAUGAUUAUUUUAGGUCAUUCUGUGUUGAUGGGAGGAGAUGAAAUCAUGAAGAGUCUCAUGGACAGGCCAAAAAAGAUAGUUUUGUGUUUUUAAGUUUCCUUGAAAACUGAGCUUUAAAUAGGAUCAAGGGACAACUAGUUUCAUUUUGAUUCUGGUAGGAAAAAAGUCACUUUUGUUUUAACACUGACUCUUAUCAAUGGAAAGUUGUGUCGUGAGUUGGAAGAGAUGAACAAACAAACCAAUGACAAUAAGAAGAGACUGUUACACAGUGAAUAACUUGGGGAUUUCAUAUUCUCACGCCCUGGUUAUUGGAGCCUUCGUCUGAAUCUGGAUAGUGUGUGUCUUGCUAGGAAGAAUGGAAAGCACAGUCCAGGGACACUGUAGGACACGAACUUGCUUUGCUUUAUGGUGUAUGCAGAUACAGCAGCUCGCACUAGGCUUUGUUCCAAAUAAAAUCCUGCGGUACAUUUAGGGGAGGGUAGAUCUGUGCUCCAGAGUCUCCAGGAGCUUCUUCUUGCACAAUGGAAUGCUUGAGUUGGAAACAGGGGUGAUAUUUCUUUCAGUCUGCAUUGGAUGGGUUAAGGAUCUACAGAUCCUGAAGGGUAUUUCCUGCUCAUUUGAGGCAGUAGUAAGGAUUUUGAGAAUGCAGUCAGCCUGUACGGAAUGCUCAUGGUUACAGUUUGUCUGCCUGGGCUUUGCACUGAAAUACUAUUUCUGAAGUGGGGAAGACAAAAGCAGUAAGAUGUGGCCUCGUAGUCAGGACAUUCUAAGGCCUUUGUAUUUCUAAAAGCCAUCCCCCUACCUUCCUAAAGGGACCAAUCUAAUGGAAGGAUUGUCCCUAGGGGAAGGUUUUAAUGUGAAUAUAUUACAUAGCUCCCAAUCUGAAUUAUUUUGUAUGUAUCGUGGAAAAAAAAUGAAAAUCAAAGUUACUUGGGAGUCAAAAUGAUUCAGUGUGUUAAUAUAUUAAAUUUCUGAAACUA